AUGGGUGUCGGGCAGGGCUCAGCUCUCUCACCUGUCAUCUCAGGGCUUUUCAUUGCUCCAGUAAUGAAGCUCUUCUACAUCAAAGCGGUGCCGCUUAACACAAUGCUGCUCUCCUUUGUGGAUGAUGGGACCAUUCUGGCCCAGUCCAAACAGCUUGAUGAUAAUAAUGUGGGCCUGCAUAAGGCCUAUAAAAUUAUCUACCUUUUAUUUGUUGCAUUCACACUUGUUCUUGAACAUGACAAGACCAAACUGUUUCACUUUUCGUGUCGACACGACACCUACAAUCCUUUGCUUGACCUGGGGUAUGCCCUGCAUACAGGUGAUACACCUCUGAAACCCAAGAUCUAUUGGAGGUACCUGGGCUUCUACUUUGACCGUGGGCUCACUUUCCAUGAGCACGUUCGCUACUAUGCCACCAAGGCAUUCACCACUGUGCAGGCCAUGUGCAUGCUCGGGAAUUCUACCAGAGGUCUCUCACCUAAACAGCAGCGCCUCCUAUACAGAUCUUGCGUGGUUCCUAUUGCCACGUAUGGUUCUCAUCUCUGGUAUUUUGAUGGCACCCAUAACAAGGGUGCCAUGAACCAGCUUAAACGGAUGCAGCAGAAAGCUGCUCUUUGGAUUACAGGUGCUUUCCGCACCUCACCCACAGGCAGUCUUGAGGCCCUAGCUGGUCUCAUACCCGUCCAUCUCAUGCUGAAGAAGCUGGCCAUGUGCGCAGUGUAUCACGUCGCUACCCUCUCAGACACCCACCCUCUUCGCUCCAUGAUGGGCAAGGGACUCCUCAAGCGGGCUGAACCCCACACCCGCUCUGCUGCCUUGAUGACCCCAGCUUUGCAGGGGAAAGUCAAGAGCACUGUUAUGGAGGUGGAUGAACGCAUCCACACCCUAACUGAGAGUUUUGAGCCCUUUGCGCCUGAAGCUCACCCCAGUGAUCGGCUACUGAACUGCUUUGCGGACCAUCUCCACUUUGACGAGCGCGAUCCUACACAGGAUAGGUGCCCAUAUCUUGAUGAACUCAUUGCGACUGUGAGGGCCAACCCUCUAACAAUACUGGCUGCGGUUGACAGCUCUGUCCCUCAGUCUAACCAGUAUCAGGCGACUUCGGCCACUAUAAUCUACAAGGGACAUCGCGAGCUCGAAAGAACUCGCUAUGUCUCUGGCAGGGUCACCACCCCAGAUGUGGAGCUCAAUGCCAUUGCGUGUGCAGUGCGCCUUGCCGUCAAGCAGGCAAACUGUCAACACAUUAUGGUCUUUACCAACUCUAUGGGCUCAGCCCACAGAGUGGUCAACCCAUCUGUGCAUUCUGGUCAGGCUUUUACCCUAUUGGUCUGUUGCAUUCUCCAGGAGUGGUUCGAGGCGGAUGAUCUCUGCCACAUCACCUUUGUCUAUGUUCCAUCUGCUCUGCAGUGGGAUAUUCAUGGGGAGGCACACAAGUACGUCACCGAACUCAAAGUCAGGGUUGGAUGUUGCAAGACAGACAAUUCUAUAGACGCACUUCGCUCUCGAGCUGCGCACUCAAGCCUGGACACAUGGGGCUCCAUGUUCCAGGAUCGUACCUACUGA